AAUCGAAAACCCUCGCUCGCUCGCCCUCCUCCGCCGGGCGCCGGCGCUUCCACGAGCAGAGCGCAGCACCUCCCCCUGGAGAAGCUCGGGUUGCUCCCCACAGGCGCCGUACAAGCCGUAUGCGAGCCGCCGCUCGUCGGCUCGAUUCGAGAAGUUCGGUGGGACGCCGCACUUAUGCCGCGGGCGGUUAGAUUACAAAUGUUACUGAAGGGGCAAUCAUUGAUAAGAGUAGUUAAGGUUCGCAGUAACUGGACAACUAAUCCAACAUCAUUUGCUGAAAACCGAAAAGAGUUGAGAUCCGGGAGAUCUGGACCAGAUGGGGGCACCGGUACACUGGCGUUCCCAUCAGAAGAUGUUGGCAGGUGGAUUCCUUUGCCCACUUUUCUCGCGGCGCAAUCAAAACACAAGCUGUCGCCUGUCGCUCCUUUCCCUUUCGUAGCGACAGCCUGGCUGAUUGGGACGCGCCGGUGGGUUAUCGCCUUUCAUCCUGCCUUGACGGGUAAUCCCCUUUGAACCCGUCUGCCUGUAAUGGUUAUCUGCUCAUCUCCCUCCCACCGAUGCGGUGUGCAUUGCGUUUCUUGGCAAAUGGCGGACACGGGUGGCACGCGAUUUGGAGUGUUCUAUCAGUUUCUGGAUAUUUUUUUCCAGAUAGAGUUUGUACUCUUCAAUGCUGUUUUUAUCAUCGUCUCGCAAUUGCUUAACGUACUGGAAAUCACGGACGGUUCAGUUAACCAAUCAUGAAAGUCGUCGUUUCUGUAUUCUAAAAGUAUCCCAUAGCGUGUAGCAGCAUUGACAUUCGGGAUAAAUAAAAUAUACUAGAUGUGUAUUAUGACGUUCGUUAUCUAUUGUACUGACAAUUAUCUGCCAGUAUCAUA